GCACUGGAAUCAUAGUAUUGCUUCGUAUUCUAUUAUUGUAUAUAUUCAUUCGAGACAGCUCUAUAUAAGGCGAUGGAUGAUGCGAUAUUUAGGGGUCACUGCGAAGUCAUCAAUAACCUCGUCUCGUUUAGCUAAGAACUGCCAUACAUUAAGCACGUCCUUGGUGCAGUUCCCCUCUGCUCCAGUAUGAAAUUUCACGUCAUUCUUCUCGGUCCCGGCCUAUUAGCCGGUUCUUCUCUGGCUUUGAGAGGACCGGUUCCGCGGGUUGACUCGGCGGGUUCUUCGCUCACGCCUUUCACUUCGUCAAUCGGCCAGUCUCCUUUUCCGGCUGGAGCCUCUUCGUCUACAUCCGGCGUGGCCCCUGUACCAAGCGGUUCCCAGGGCAUUGGUCCAAAGUGUGGUAAAGGCUAUACCUACUGUGGCUAUAUGCUCACUGAAAGCGGUCAUAAUUUUGCACCUAAUGAUAUCAGCAAGGCUUAUUGCAAUGGCCUCUCGGAGCUCUGCACAAAUAGCAAGCCCAAGACAAACGUUUCCGAGGCUGUCUUUGUCUGCAUGAACGAGCAGCCGUCUAGCGUUGAGCUCUUGUGUGCCUGCAGUAGCAAAUGCCGCAACGACGCUGACACCAACUUCAUCGCCCAUUGCGACAAGCCUUGCAUCAACGCAUGAGCACGGGAUAGGAUUUAAGCAUACGGAAAGGGGUGAAAUGGGAGUUUGUUAAGACAUCCACCUACUUGACGGGAUGGCCGCUGUGUGGUUAACGCAAGCUAAAAGUCGUAGUAUGCAACGUCACUCGUUAGUUACAUGUAAUCCGAAUUCUACUCUGCUUAUGCUUAUUAGCCUAUUCUAUGGGUGAUCCUUUGGUUUCUAUCGUAUGCUCUAGCCAUUGAUUGCCCUAGUCCAUUUGCGCACUGUCUCAGGGGGUAACAAAAGGUCAAUGACGUACGGAAUAUUUUGAAUAGUAUCUCAUUUCCGCCAAUUAUUAAUCAAAUACCUUUUCCAUGAUGUCACGGCUCUUCUCGUGGCGUAUAGCUGUUGUGAUGAAGAGUAUGUAUCUAGCAGUAGUGGUACAUAGUAUGAAAUAUAUCACGAUACCUCC